AGCCAAUCACGAACGGCCCCGAGCCCAAUCUCGCUUAUAAAACAGGCCAGGCGGUAGCGAGUUUUAUUCAUCUUCUGGAGAGCAGGGCCCAUCACCAGUUAUUGUAUUUGCUUAGUUUCUUUCCGCGAUAUCUUACCAAACUACGAGAAUCAACUAAAAACAUUAAUUUGACGUUGUUUUAAGAAAGUGACAUCUAGAUCGGUACGUCCGAAAGGUAAGAUGCGUCUCCUUGCUCUUGCAACCCUGGCCUUGUGCCUAACACUGGCUGCAAGCUUUGAGCUGCAUGUCCGCGGUCCCGCCGCCGCCGAGGGCCAGCGUAGUCGUCCCCAAGGCGUGGGUCGACCGUCCGGAGGAAGGAGACCACCUAUGUCGCAUAACAGCACCGAAGCGGAACCCAAUGUCCAAUCUCCACCCGACGCCUCCGCUGGUGAAGAAGACGAACCAGAGAUAGUAGAGGUUUCGGAAGACGUUGAACCCGAGGAAGGGGAUAGUGAGGACGAAGAGGAUGAUGACGUACCCCAGGACAUGUGCAGAAAGAGGUCCGAGAAGGUUCUCAAGUUUGCCAAGAAGAACAAGAAGAUCUUCAAGAAGGCUGGCAAGAAAGUGAGCAAGAUCGCUAACCGAGCAGGGCGUCUUGCCGAGCGUCAGCAAGAAAGUAACCCGAGGGCAGCAUCGCGUCUACAGCUGCUGAAGAAGAAGCUGUCCAAGGCCGCAGAUCGUGCCCCGGCACGGGGACGCCCCGGCGCUGCGCGGCGCCCUGGUGCAGCGCGCCGUCCCGGACCCGCAGGUCAACGCCCACUGGCUGCGCUGCUCAGCAGACGACAGGGAGGGUCCCGGGCAGGUCCGCAGAGGCCACUCAUGAUGGGUGGCCCAGAGCGUCGACAGGGAGCGCGGGCAGAGAAGAAACAGGACAAGGCAAUGUCGAUCAAGCACGAAAUGAUGGAAGACUUGGCCGACUCCUGCGAGAACGUCACGUGUGAUGACUUGCCGGAGGACUGCGAAAAUCCAAUCCACUUCGCGAGCGACUGCUGUCCGAUGUGUGCAGAUCUUGAGAGCGACGAGGAAGAAUCUCCCUGUGACAGCGUAGAGUGCGUGGGAGAUGAAGUGUGCGCCGUCAAAGACGACACGGCGGUGUGCUGUACUGAGCUGCCACGUCACCCUCUGGAGCUGAUGGCGCUCAAGGAGAAAGUGAACAAGAAGACGCACAUGAUGCAGAAGAAAAGACAACAGCAACAGCAACGCCGACCAGGGGCCUUCCGGCAGCAGCGACACCCCAUUCGUCGGGCUCAGAACCUUGGCCGCUUCCAAGCCCUCAAACCCCUUGUUCAGUUGCUCCGCCUGAUCCGAGGACCGGUCAGACCAUUCCGUGGAUUCUCGCGCGGCCGCCCUCAGCGCUCGCACCCACUCCGCCGUCAUGGCCAGAAACAGCAGCGCCGCUGGUCUAGGGACACACACGGUGAUGAGGAGCAGGGAGCAAGCGACCAGAACGUCACUCUGAGCGAUCGACGACCCGGCAUGAACCGAGGCGAGCGACCGGAACGGCGGCCAGUUGGCCGACGAGACGGAGAGCGUGAUCACGAGCGCCGCCAGCCUGGAGCGCGCCCAGGGCAAGCGAGGAAGGCCAAGAAAGCACAUCACCUCGGACGACUGCUGAAGCACCUGGGUCAUGAACAAGAUGCCUGUACCGACUCGUCCUGCCCGGCCGGACAGAAGUGCUUCAUGGUUCAUGGCAAGACGGCAUGCUGCGGUGGCAAGCGAGGCCCACGACAACAGGCGAUGCAACGAGGGCCAGGACAACGAGGACAGCGCCCCAUGGGCAUGAACCGAAGCCGGCCGGCAAUGAUGAUGAUGAUGAACUUCAGCGACGCUGAGGCACAGAACGACACGUCCAUCGACGAUGACGAGGUGCAAGUGCUGGGAUACUGUCGCCUGCCCAGCAGCCCAGUGUACGACUCCAUGUUCAAGCAACGUGGCUGCCAUUGUCAGGUCAUCAGCCAGUGCAGCGUUGGCCUUGAGGACAAGGAAGUCGACGCCGAGAUGGAAAACGAUGACGACGAAGCCACAAUGAGCGAGGGUGAAGAACAAGACGAGGAGGAGGAGGUCAUGGACGAGGAAGAGCCCAUCAAGGAGGAGGAAGAGAGCUCCGGUGACGGCUCUGGCUUGAAGGAAGGUACCCUGGACUCGGAGAACCGGUAUGCUUCUGGGCAAAUCGAUGUCGAUCCCAUCGGUUACCGCGGCAACAGAGGCGGUGAUCGACAACGCGGUGACAAUGACGAAGAAUCUAGACCUCAGCGUCGUCAAGGCAACGAUGAUGAAGAUCGCAGGGGGCCCCAGCGGCGAGGACCUAUGCGCCAGCAGUCGCCAUUCGCUAAGAGAAUGCAGAGUCAUGGUCGCUUCCAGAUGCAACGCCGUGGACAGCAGUUCGCGCGCAACAGUAGAAUGCCCCAUCGCGCACUGGCAAUAAAGAAGGUGCAGGCCAAGAAAAACCCAUUCGCAUUCCUGAAGAAGAAGGGUGCGGUACGCGUGAUGCUGAAGAAGCAGUGCCUGUGCCCUGCUUUCACGGCCGACAAGGAGCAGCGUCAAGCCAAGCGUACGCUACGCCUGCGUAAGCGCGUCAAGAAGAUGAUGCACCAUCACCAGUGCGCCAUCAAGCAGUGAACCUAAACUCCACGAAUGAUUCCCACUGUGUUCCACAAUGAACCUUGUAAUUGCCUCCCUCAUAAAAUGAUUAUCAACUCCAUGAUUGCUUCUCAAUGCGUGUGACCAUGAACCUCUCAUCCUUGCCCCUGUUAUAUUGAACAUAAACUCCGUGAAUGCUUCCCAAUGUGUUCAACUAUGAACCUCAGCAUUGCCCCUUCAUUAAAGUUAGUACUCAGAAUAUAAGAGCAUGCAGUUGGUCUCCUUCACCUGACUGGAUCAGUGACAGAACAUUGUCUGUAGUGAUUUUGGGGGCAGCCGCAGCAUCUUAUGCCCUUUUUUAGUCGAAUCAACUGUUGAGACUGUUCUUACACCUGGGAAACCAGAUUACCUCAAACACCCCUUUUAUUUCUCUCGCCACAGCGUGAAAAUCCGAUCUUGGCUCCAGCAGUCCCAAUCGGGUUUCGUGUACUUGUAUGUGACAAAUUACCGAAAUAAUGACGCUAUCGAUUCUCUCAAAUAUGUAGUGUACGGUUCUGUCAUUGCAGUUCUGACCAAGUUUAUUUUGAAUAAUGGGAAUAUUCUCAUACCAUGCGAAAGAAA